CAGGAUUUGGAGGUAAGAUAGACCGACAGGACGCCUCUUCCUGAGUUACAUCUGAGCUGCUCGUACAGUGAGCUUAUUCUCUGUUUCCUGCCCUCCUGACAAGUAUGGAAUAAUUUAUGCUUCUUUUCACUUGACAAAGAGCUGAGACACAUAAAGGAUGAGUGAGCAUGACUGCAGCACCUCCACCUCUCAAACAGAGGAAGAGAUUGAAGGAGAAAUGGAUGAAGACACGAACGGCGACACUAACGGAGAGACGGAGGUGGAAGGGGAGAAAGAAGACACAAACAGACCAGCCCUGACUCUGUCCAGUUUAUCUUCUCUGCAUGCAGUGCUUCGCAUCAAACAGAAGUACCAGGCCAUGAAGAAACGGCGCCAAGAAAGGGCUCUGAACUUUGGAGGACCAGGGGCCCUCGUAGGGGCUCCAGUACGAACCAGCCCCAAAAUCUUCACCUUUGACAGACCCUCAACCUCCUCAGCCACCGCUCUGUCAUCAUAUGUUCCUCAUAAGAAGAAAAGGAAAAGGAACAAACGGGUGCAGUUUCCAAACAGCGCAGGACGUAGGGUUCCAAAACAGGAGCGCAGCCGAGCCAAAUACUGCCUCUACCUGCUGUUUGGCAUCGUCUUCCUCCAGGUGUACAACGCCAUAGAGAAUCUAGAUGACCACGUACUCAGAUAUGACCUGGAAGGACUGGAGAAAACUUUGAGGAGGGAGGUGUUCGGCCAGCAGGGAGCGGUGGAGGCUCUGCUGUCCCACUUGAAAGACUACCUUACCACUUAUGUUCACAACAAGCCACUAGUUGUUUCCCUGCAUGGCCCCAGUGGAGUGGGGAAGAGCCACAUAGGUCGCCUCCUGGCUGGACACUUUCGCUCUGUGCUAGGGGAGACUCUGGUUCUGCAGUACUAUGUCCUCCACCACUGUCCCCAGGAGGCAGACGCCCUCAAGUGCGCCAAUGACCUCUCCGCUCUCAUCUCAGGGAUGGUCGAGCAAGCGGAGGAUGAGGAGAAGAUCCCGCUCUUCAUCUUUGAUGAGGCCGAGCACAUGCAUGAGGAGAUCCUUGAUGCGCUGCGGCAGCUCGUGGUCACCAAAAAGUCCAAUGAGUACCUGAACGCUAUCUACCUGUUCCUGAGCAACCUGGGUCAUGGACACAUCACCAAGCACAUGUUACACAACUCCUCAAGUGUUUCUAGGGCAAUGACAGCAUCGGGUCACCUCAUAAAAGAGCUGACUCCAAUUCUACGCAACACUCUUGAGAAGCUUCACCCACUGUGGAAUGAGGCUGACAUCUUACCGCUGGGCCUCUUGGAGAAAAGUCACGUGAUGGAGUGCUUCUUGGAUGAAAUGACUCGAGAGGGCUUCUACCCAGAUCACACCAACAUUGAGCGGCUCGCGGGGGAGAUAGAGUAUUACCCGGCUGUAGGGGAGCAUGAAUAUUCCCAGACAGGCUGCAAGCAGGUGGUGGCAAAAGUAAACCUACUGUGAAGUCCUCCACACGAAAUAUUUGGAUGUUCCAAAUUCUUUCACCCAUGAAGAUGUAAAGCAUGAGAAAAGAGGACAAAAGGUCACUGAAAUGAGAUGACUCAGAGCCAAAUGCUUUCAAGAAGAACAGGUUUAUCACAGAGAAAAGAGAAGCAGGACACACAAGAACACAGACUGUGAUGAUGCUGGGCUCUUGUGGGAAACAGCUGGCAUCCUGUGAAGAGGUUUGAACAUGCUGGCCUAUAAAGAGUUCUUACAGGGUCAGUAAAUUCAACAACAAACAAUGAUUAUUAUUUUCUCACUCACCUGCCACUGGUUUUGUUGCUUCUCUGUCAUUCCUGACACCAUCCAAACAACAGAAGAGAAAUAAAUAAUAUGUUUCUAACACAGAAUGUUUAACAACAUGGUUAUGGUAACUGAAGAUACCAGAAUUCUGUUGAACUGACCCAUUUAACCAUCUGAGGCAAAGGAUAUGUUCUAGGCAGCUCAACCAGACAUGAAUGCUCAUUAAAAAGAGAGUGCAGGACAUUUAUUACUGGAUAGUUUGUGCUCUCAGUAGGAAACUAAAGGAGAACUUGAGGGAGAUGGUAAAAACACAGAAAAGAAUAAUAAUAUUCAUUCUCCAUAUGUGGGAAGAUACAUGAUGUAAUAUUUCAGUCACUAACACUCAUUUAAGAAUAUUCAUUCCUGAUUUUUUGAAGUGGGAUGCAUGACUUUCCAAAGGCUAGUGUGAGAAUCACCAGUAUACAAAUCAGUGAAUUAAUAAUUAUACAACAUUUUUACUUUAUUCGUUAGAUCCUGCACUGGAACAUCAGAUUUACAUGAUUUACUAGCUAAAUGUGAAACAUGUCUAAGUGCAUUUUUAAAAAUGUAUUUUUGCAUCCAUUUGUAUAUCACAAAUGAACAUUAAAGGGGACAAAAUAAGGAGUU